UCGUCGCAACAAUGAACUAUUGAGGUUGGGUUCUCUGUCAGUUAACACAGUGUUCGUGUGCAUAAACAAAACGAAAAUUGUUCAAGUUUUUCAAGAACAAAACGAUGACUUCGCCGGCAAUUAUUGACUUUCGACCGAGCCAUUUGCUUUUGAAUCCAAAUUUUGAUGGAUACAAAUUGUCACUAGAUCCCGUUCCGAUUUUAAAAACAGAAAUAACUGCUGCGCCACGUCGUGUGUUUACCUCCGAUGAUCAGUACACAUUUUUGCAUGCAAAAUUGUUCAGUCUUCACAAUCAUUUGAUCCACGAUCCCUGGCUAGAAUACUCAUGCUACUUCAUCGAUGAGAAUUGGACGGUGCAGAAUGUGCGGUAUGAUACGACAACAGGGAGACUUGGUUCGGUGAAAGCGGUACACAAAGUGCCUAAACCAAACACUGGCCGCGGAGAUUAUAAUGCCAGCUUAACUUUUGUGUCGGAAAAAUUUUGCGUGUUUGCGGAUGGCUGUGGUGGAUUGAAAAUUUUCAACACCGGUGACCGGUAUCGCGUUGAAGAAUGGAAAACAAUUUUCUCUGAUACAAUUCUCGAAAAUUCCAUUCCAUUUGUCAUUCAAGAUGCACGGUGGGAAAUCAUCAACAACGUCCAUCAAAUUCAAUGCCUGUUGCUGAGCAUACAACAAAACAACGACAACGAAGAUGAAAAGUUUGAAGCGGUUUUGGAUUGGAUCGCAAUCAAGAGAGAUGCACAAUCAAACAGCUGGAGUAAAUUGCAUGUGAGACAAUUGAAGGGGAAUACAUUGCCGGAAUAUUGUGUGCUCGAACCGAAGUGCAAUGGAAUUUUAAUAUCUGCUGAUCGAAAAUUUGAAUUUACCUUCGAUAACGAGCAUCCAAUCGGUCCGAAAGAGGAACCACCGAAAGAAGAAAAUAAUGGCAAAAAUGAUCAAGAUGUAAAGAAGCCCGAGUUGAAUUGGACACAAAGCGAUGAAGAUAUCACCAUUCACUUCAACAUUCCACAGGAAACGAAUAAACAGGAUAUUAAGGUGAUUUGCGACGGAGCCAAUUUACAAGUGCGACACAAGAGUGAAGCACUUUUGAAUGCAGAUCUAUUUCAAGGCGCUGAUAAAGACCUUACUACGUGGAAUUUGGGAAAUGAAUGGCUGGAAGUGGUUUUGAUAAAACAAGUGCAGUCAUUCACUUGGCCAAGUUUGCUAAAGGAUGUCAUCGUUCUUCCAUCCGAAAUGCCACUUCAACCGAUUCGAGAAUUGUCGUUGCCGCCAUCGAAUUUGCGUACGGAAAUGGAAGAUUGUGAUUUUGGCGAUGUCGACAUGGAUAAGGAGCAUUCGUUUGUUCGAAUGGACGCGAUAUCGCAUCAAACCACACACAAAGCCAAUUUGGGAUCAAAUAACCCAGUUCUAUUCACAUUGAGUCUACGUGCCGGCAGCCCAUUGGCAUUCGCUCUACGGAAUGAUGUCGAUGCUUGUGUCUGGCUUCCAUAUGUUCAACCGAAUGCUGAAAGUGAUGUCACGCUAAAUAUAAAGCAUGAAGGGACUUUGAAUGCGUUUGGCUACAUCCAGGCAUCGAAACAGCAAAAGAAAUUCAUGCAAUGUUCCCCGGACAUGAACUAUGCGAUUAUUUGUGAGCCUCAUCGUCACAUCUUCGUGUACAAGAGUACAUACGCAUCUGCCUCUGGGCUGAAGAAUCGUAAUAGUUCCGCUAAAAUUAGCAUCGGGCAACAGAAACUAAUUACAAUGGAGGAAGAUUCAGACGAAGUGCUCGGCAUUGUAUGCCAAGCAGAAACAACUAUACUUCUAACACGGAAACAAGUUUUAUGUUUGCAAAUCAAUUCAUAAAUAAAAAUGUAUCAAGAAAAAAU